GUGCCCAGGCCCCGGGGACCGGGCGGCCACUCCCUCUGCGGGCUCCGGUGUCCUCGGGUCGCACGGCGCGUCCCGUGCUACCUGUUGGGGCGGAAAAACACCCAGCCCCUAGGUGGGGCCCGAGCCGCCGGGCCGCGCGUCCCGCUGGGCCCCAGGCCGAGGCGCCCGCGCGGGGCCCGCGGGGCGGGCAGCAGCGAGGCCGGCGGCCGGCGGAGCCUCGGGCCGCGUCGCGGGGAGCAGGAUUGCUUUCUUCCGACCUGCCUCGCGCCCGGCAGCCUGGAGAACCGCCGCGGGAUGAGGAUGCGACAGCGCGGGGGGACGCCCUUGCUGCGGGAGCCGGGCCGCGCCUGACACCCCGUCCUCUCCCCUCGCGCACAGGCCUCUGCGAGUGAGCGGCGUGGCGAGCUCCGUGCCGCAUGGAACGGCUGCAGAAGCAACCUCUUACCUCCCCUGGGAGCGUCAGCUCCUCCCGAGACUCCAGUGUGCCCGGCUCUCCCUCCAGCAUCGUGGCCAAGAUGGAUAACCAGGUGCUGGGCUACAAGGACCUGGCUGCCAUCCCCAAAGACAAGGCCAUCCUGGACAUCGAGAGACCUGACCUCAUGAUCUAUGAGCCCCACUUUACCUAUUCCCUCCUCGAUCAUGUGGAGCUGCCCAGAAGCCGGGAGCGCUCUCUGUCGCCCAAAUCCACAUCCCCCCCACCAUCCCCAGAGGUGUGGGCAGAGAGCCGGACCCCUGGAAUCAUCUCCCAGGCUUCAGCCCCGAGAACCACAGGAACCCCCCGCACCAGCCUGCCCCACUUCCACCAUCCCGAGACCACCCGCCCAGACUCCAACAUCUACAAGAAGCCACCCAUCUACAAGCAGAGAGAGUCCACAGGAGGCAGCCCUCAGAGCAAGCACCUCAUCGAGGACAUCAUCGAGUCCUCCAAGUUCCCCGCAGCCCAGCCCCCUGACCCCAACCAGCCGGCCAAGAUUGAGACUGACUACUGGCCAUGCCCACCGUCGCUGGCUGUCGUGGAGACAGAAUGGAGGAAGCGGAAGGCAUCUCGCAGGGGUGCAGAGGAAGAGGAGGAGGAGGAAGACGAUGACUCGGGAGAGGAGAUGAAGGCGCUCAGGGAGCGUCAGAAAGAGGAGCUCAGUAAGGUUACUUCCAACUUGGGAAAGCUGAUCUUGAAAGAAGAGAUGGAAAAAUCACUGCCUAUCCGGAGGAAAACCCGCUCCCUGCCCGACCGGACGCCCUUCCAUACCUCUUUGCAUCCAGGAACAUCUAAGUCAUCUUCUCUCCCCUCCUACGGCAGGACCACCCUGAGCCGGCUACAGUCCACAGACUUCAGCCCAUCAGGAAGUGAGGCUGGAAGCCCAGGCCUGCAGAACGGAGAGGGCCAGAGGGGGAGGAUGGACCGGGGGAACUCCCUGCCCUGUGUGCUGGAGCAGAAGAUCUAUCCCUAUGAAAUGCUGGUGGUGACCAACAAGGGGCGAACCAAACUGCCCCCAGGCGUGGAUCGGAUGCGGCUUGAGAGGCAUCUGUCCGCGGAGGACUUCUCGAGGGUCUUUGCCAUGUCUCCUGAAGAGUUCAGCAAGCUGGCCCUGUGGAAGCGGAAUGAGCUCAAGAAGAAGGCCUCCCUCUUUUGACUGCCUGCCCACCGUCUCCACGACCAGCCCCUCUCCUGUGCUGCUUCAGGGCUCUGGAGCUGGGGCCACUUGACCCCAAAGUGUCCUCUUCCCCUGGUGGGCUAGGAGCAGUGGGAGGCAGGGCAGAAGCAGAGAGGGCUCCAUUCCUCAGGGCGAGAGAGUGCCGGCCUCUGCAGUCCCAGAGCCAUGAGGCAUGGACUUCCUUCCCCACAAUGGGCCGGGGCCUCCUUCUAUCCCUGGUCCACACUGCCCAGCCAAACCCAGCCUGGUCUCCAGCACACAGAGAGUUAAUGUUUGCACCUUCUCCCUGCCUGUCACCCCCACAUGAAAGUCCCCAGAAUUGGGUGAGGAGAAAUGAAGGGGGUACUAAGUGGUGAGACCGGUCACCUGUCCUGCACAGGUGGUGGGAUGAGGCCAGGUCCAGACAGCUCGGGGGCCCUGUGUCCACCCGCCCAAGCACUCCAUUCCCUUCUGACAACUCCCUGCACCUGGGCUUGCUGCUUCACUGACUGGCAGGAGCAGGCUCCAGCUGGGCGUCCAGCAGGGUGGUCUCCCUGCCCUCCAGCUUGCCCUGUCUUCUACUUGUGACCCCCAAGCUUUGAAGCCUCCUCCUCCAGCCCCAUGGCUUCCCCGGAAGCCUCGGCUUAGAGUGGAGAUGCCGCCUAUACAAUGCCUAGCCUGCCACCAGUGUCCAGGCAGAGCCAGCCAGGGGGCCUUCUAGCACUUGCCCUGGGACCGGUGGAGCCCGGCCUUGAGCCUCCCGUGGAUGGGAUCAAGAGGCCAGGCUUGGGACAUCUCUGAGCGUCCUGGCUCCCAGGUCCCACCCAUCCCCGAGCAUCCUCCACUACGCUCUCUACAGAAUGUAAUUUACUGGGGCCCCCCUGCUGCUUUCCUCACCUGACGCCCGCCCGCCCAGCCGCAGCCCAGCUUUCCUCCUCUCCAGACGCGUACGUGUAUAUAAUUAUAUAUAUAUUUUUGCCCAGGCCUGGGUUUUGUUCCUGCCCAGACCCUGGCAUUCCCUUUCCACGUGUGUGUGAUCAUGCUGGGAGAGGGGACUCUGCUUGGAAUUAAAAGGUUGCAUUGGG